GCGCAUGUUUCUCGACCUUAUCAUGUCUUAUAAGUCGGACUUUUAUGGCCCCGACACCGAGAUGACGUUGGAAUUUGGUGUUCUGAAUGAAUGGACCCCUGCCAUUGAAAUACGGGUAGGGUAGCCCAGCAUUGGAUGUGGGCCAGGGCCUCAUGAAAUUCAGCCGCUCCAAAAAGCCAUCUAUCAUCAACCAAGUGCGCCGACCAUGACUUCCUGAUUAGCUCCUCCAUUUGCUGCGGAACAGACUGUUCGCCCUCGCUCGCUUCUUUGAUCCUUGCUGCGAUCACGUUUCCUCUUUUGAUUUCGGUAUUAACGGCUGCCCGCUCUGGCAGUUACACAAGAACCUGUUCUCCCUUCGCGAAACGGACGAUCUACAAACGCCUAGCCCACGGGGUUGCUUUAACUGCUUCCAAGUCCAGGAGGCUAUUCUGACCUCAUUCGCGAAUUAUAUUAUACUAUAUCCGACGUGGUUCGAUUGAGCAAUCGCCCAAGAUGCACUUCGCAUACCCCCCUCGCAAGAACUCCAACCCACCACCUUUCAAGCAGCGCUCGUCGCAAAUACCGCCAAUUCUGCGCCGGAUCCGCAAAAGAACAGCGCUUUUACUUCUCCUCGGAGCUAUUGGAUUUAUAUUUUUCCUCUUUGGACUAAAAGGCGAAACGCCGUACCGCGAGCAUGUUCCGUCAGGCAAUCCCCCCGCUGUCGUUGUGACUGUCUUGGACACUACACAGUACAACGAAGCCUAUUUAGAAUCGAUUCGACACAACCGAGAGCAAUAUGCGUCAAGAAACGGAUAUGAAGCCAUGAUUGUACGAGUAUCUGACUAUGAUACUGGCAAAUCCCCACGAUCAUGGGCCAAGAUUAUCGCGAUGCGCCAUGCGCUGUCAAAAUACCCCGAUGCCACUUAUGUCUGGUACCUCGAUCAGAACGCUUACAUUAUGGAGCUCGACAAGAAGCUAGAGGAGCAGGUGGUGAAUCCGGCGAAACUAGAAAGCCUAAUGAUUAAGGACUGGUCUGUAGUGCCGCCAGACAGCAUCAUCAAGACAUUCUCUCACCUCAAGGGUGAAGAUGCAGGCCUUGUCAUCAGCCAAGACGAAGUAGGGCUGGUAACUAACAGUUACAUCCUCAAGAAUGGCGAAUGGGCCAAGUUCUUUAUCGAGACAUGGAUGGACCCUCUGUAUCAGAGCUACAACUUCCAAAAAGCCGAGCGACAUGCGCUUGAACAUAUUGUCCAAUGGCACCCUACCAUUCUCUCCAAGCUUGCGCUCAUCCCCCAGCGCACGUUUGCCUCUUACGGCCGCAAUAAGGAAGGCAAUGCGUACCGUGACGGGGACUUUGUCACCCUCUUGGUCGACUGCACAGUUACAGGCCCGACAUCAUGUGACAAGCAAUCGCAUUUCUACCUACAACAGCUGAAGAACAAGUUUGGCGAUGCCAGCGUGAAGAAGCUGCAAUGAGUAUAAUGAACACGAUAUUUGAGUGAGGUCAUUGGGCGUUUUGUGAUAGACUUGGAGGGCUUUUAUAGGAUUGGAGAUGGAAAAGCCCAUAGGCUUUUUUCUUGGCGUUAGUUGGUCACUAUUGGUGAAUUUAGCUUAUGUGAAUCUGGGCAUGUUUUAUCUGCAUGGAUAUCAAUAUGUUGAGAGCUUUUAGUCUUGAGGUCUUACGGUUGACCUUUUAUCUCAUUACAAAAUUCACCAUCAUUUCCCUUUGAAGUCAAACUGCGAUCUGGAGAAACUGUGAUGAGAUAGAUGGUGAAUAUACUUUGUAUAGCAAAAGCACUAAACGUAUGCUGCUUUCCGAGGUCAGGAUUGGGAACCUUGAAGUAAUAAUCUAUCAAGUCUCAUCUCGUCUAAUUCGAAUGGUAUGACG